AUAAAUUUGUUGUUUAAACGAAUGGAUUAUUUAUUUUUACAAGUGACAUUUAAUUUGUUAUUGGCAAUCAACAAAAAUGUAUUGUCUACAAUUAUUAAUACCAGUUUUGCUGAUACCAAAACCAGUUAAUCCAGCAUUAAUACAAACACAUGUUAUGUUUAUGGUUUUAUAUUUAAUUGGAUUUUUUCUUGAAAGAAAACCAUGUAUAAUAUGUUCCAUGGUUUUUCUUGCUGCUGUUUUUCUAAUUUGCUACAGUGGAGUUGGAAAUUGUUUAUUUUGGAGCAACAAUUGCGUUUAAUUUAACUAAAAAAAUUCAUCAAUAUAUUGACAAUCAAAAUUUGUUAAAAUAAUAAUAAUGAUAUUAAUACAUUUUUUUUUUAAAUAGAAACAACAAAAUUGUAACACUCGAUAAAUGAAAAAACAUUUGGAGUGUUAAAACUAGGAAUAAUUUAAUCAGUCAUUGUGAUAAAUAUUUAAUUUUUUUUUUAUUAUAAAAAGAUAACUUAAUUUACACUAAUAAGUGUCUUUUUUUUUUUAUUUUUAUUUUAUUUUAUCUAGAUAGUGUUGAAAAAAAAGCAAAUAAUAAUAUUUAAUAAUUUAACAGCUGCUUGCUUCCAAAUAAAUAAACAUAUAUUGUUUUGCAAAUGACAAGCAAUUAUAUAGUUUAUAAAUAAUAAAUAUCACAAAUUAAUUGUUAUAUAGUUUAUUACUAUAAAUUAAAAAUGUUGUUAAUUGUAAAAUAAUAAGCAAUAAAAAAAAUCAUUCACUGUUUUUCAAUAGUUGAAUUGAUUAAAUAAAAAUAUUUUUUAUACAAUAAUAAUAUUACAUAUCAAGUUUUUUAAUUGUUGAUAAAUAAUUUUUAAAAGCUUUCCAGUAUAUACAUAUACAUUGAUAUACAUAUAUGCAUACAUAGGUGUACAAUGUACAUACACAUAGAUAGUCUUCUUAAUAGACAAGACACAUGACUCAAAAAUAUCACAGGUUAUGUGUAGUAACAACAAACGUGUUAAAUCAAUCAAUCAAUUAUCUUUCGUGUUUAUUGACAUUAAUUUUACAAUAAUUAAUUUUUGUAUUAUAUAAAAGUACAAAUAAAAUGGCUGAAAAUCCUCUGAGUUUGGCUGAAAAAACAUUUAUUCUUCAUGGUGUUGAUAGUGAUUUUCGAACUGAUGGACGUCGUCAACAUGAGUAUCGUUCAUUUGAAAUUGAAACAAGUAUAAUGCCCCAAACAAAUGGAUCAUCACGUUUACGAAUUGGUAAUACAGAUGUACUUGUUGGUAUAAAGCUAGAAGUUGAUACACCAUUUCCAGAUUCACCAAAUACUGGAAAACUCGAAUUUUUUGUUGAUUGUUCAGCAGUUGCAACACCAGAAUUUGAGGGUAAAGGUGGUGAAGAUUUAGCAACUGAAAUUGCAAAUACAUUAUCAAGAUCAUAUCAAUCAUCAUCAACAAUUGAUCUUAAAAUUUUAUCAAUAUUACCACAUAAAAAAUGUUGGAAAAUGUAUGUUGAUGUAUUAAUAUUACAAUGUGGUGGUAAUUUAGUUGAUGCAAUUGGUGUUGCUGUUAAAGCUGCAUUAUAUAGUACAGAAAUACCAAAAGUAACAGCAGCAACAUUGGAUGGUGGUGAAGCUGAUAUACAAGUAUCAGAUGAUCCAUUUGAUUGUAUUAAAUUAAAUGUUAAUAAUUAUCCAUUAUUAGUAACAAUGUGUAAAAUUGGUGAUAAUUGUAUUGUUGAUCCAACAGCUGAAGAAGAAGCAUGUAGUUCAUGUAAUAUUAUUUUAUCAGUUACACCUAAAGGAAGAAUAACAUCAAUUGUUAAAACAGGACAUGGAAGUUUACAAUCAUCAACAAUGUUAAAAAAUCUUGAUAUUGGUACACGUGUUGCUAAAAAUUUAAAUGAAGCACUUAUGGAAGCAUUGAACAAAGAAGAAUCACUUGGUACUAAAAGACAAAUUGCUGGUUUUCUUCGUUAAUUAUUAUUUUUAUAUUACAAUUAAUUAUAAAUUAUAGUAAAAAACAUUUUUAAACAUAGAAAAAAAAAAUAAU